AUGUCUGGCCGCACACUUAUCUCCUACGACGACAUUGUUCCUCCUGGUGUCAGCCAAGCGUCUGCCCCGGUUAUCCAAACUCAGUCCGCUCUCCCUUCGAAUAACCAAAAGCCGCAACCUCAACAAGGCAAUGUGAACCAUGUCCAUUUCGACCCCAACUCCAACGGACCUCCCUCGAAGAAACGAAAGCGCAACAACCAUAAUAAAAACAACCGAAACUCCAACCAAGACUUUGGCCAGGGCCACCAGAACGGAAACUCGGGUGCUCGAGGGAAGGGGCGAGGAAACGGUCCACAGCAGCCGCGUCGGGGUCAAAAUCAAAUGUAUCCUGGCAGUAAUGCUCCAGCUGUUCAACACUGGGAUGACCCCGGGCAGGCAGGUGCAUCUGUGCAUUAUGAGGAGCCGACCAAUGAAGUACAUGACGAAGGUGAGGGGGGAUUGACUACAGUCGUUCUGGAGGACGACGGCGAAGAAGGGUGGGGCGAUGAGGGCGAAUACUAUGAUGAGGAUUUCGCUAUAGAGGCGGAGGAGGAUGAGGAGGAUGAGGAGGAAAGCAGGGAGUUGACGCACACUGAGAUAUGGGAUGACUCUGCUCUGGUCGAUGCAUGGGAGUCAGCCGCUGCAGAGUAUGAAGCAUUUAAUGGCAAAGGAAAAUCUUGGAAAGACGAACCCGUCAAAAAGUCACCUUUGUGGUAUAAUGUCCCCCCGUCGCCUUCGAAGCUCAAACCGUCCAAAAAGUCGGCGAAUGGAGAAGAACUCCAGGACUCAAAGCCUCUCAACUUCGAGUCAUUUGUGCCGCAGCAUGAUCCCUCCUUGGUUGUUGCUCCAGAGCUUUCAACAAGUCAAUCACAACCUGAGGGCAGCGUAUUACACGCCGGAACGUGGGCGAGCAGAGAUGAUUCAUUCAAACGUGCAUUAGAAGCAACUUACUGGGCUGGUUACUGGACUGCCGUCUACCACAGCUACGGGAAGAGUGCCCCUCAAGCGCAGGUUAAAGACGAGCCAGACGAGAACGAAGGUGAGGACGACGUAGAACAAGACAAGGAGGGUGAUGCCGAAGAAGAUGAUAGCCAAGACUUCAUGUCGACACAGCGAUGA